AAAGCCCCCAGCCUUGAAAAGAACAGCCUGUUCUUGUUCCUGAAGAUAUUGAAACAUUAAUUACAUAAUUUAUAGUAAUGCUUUCUUCUACAGUGUCCAAAGACGUGACCUACGCAACACUCACAUUUCAGGAUUCUGCUGGAACAAGAAAUAAUUGGGAUGGAAAUAACCUAAGAAAAAGAGGGCGCCCAGCUCUGUCUCCCACCUGGCGCCGCACUGCCCUGAGCCUGCUGAUUCUUUGCCUGAUGCUGCUGCUGAUUGGGCCGGUGACCUUGGGGAUUAUGUUUUUACAGAUGUCCAGUGAAAUGAACUCAGAUUCAGAGAAAUUGAGUCAACUUCAGAAAAUCAUCCACCAGCAGCAGGACAAUUUAUCCCAGCAACUUGGCAGUGGCAAUAACUUUCCUGUGGAGGAGGAAUUUCUCAAAUUGCAGAUCUCCAAUCCAUUGAAGAAGCAGAGACAAAUGGCCAUUAAACUCUGCCAAGAGCUCAUCAGUCACACUUCAGACCACAGGUGUAAUCCUUGUCCUAAGACAUGGCAAUGGUACCAAAACAGUUGCUAUUAUUUUACAACAAAUGAAGAGAAAACCUGGGCUAACAGUAGAAAGAACUACAGAGACAAGAACUCCACCUUGGUGAAGAUAGACAGCUUGGAAGAAAAGGAUUUUCUUAAGUCACAGCCAUUACCUUUGUUUUCUUUCUUUUGGUUGGGAUUAUCAUGGGACCCCUCUGGCAGAAGCUGGCUAUGGGAGGAUGGCUCUAUUCCCUCUCCAUCCUUAUUUAGUACCAAAAAACUUGCCCAGAUCAAUGGAUCCCGAGGAUGUGCUUAUUUUCAAAAAGGAAAUAUUUAUAUUUCUCGCUGUAGUGCUGAAAUUUCUUGGAUUUGUGAGAAGACAGCUGCCCUAAUGAAGAUUGAAGAUUUGGAUUAAUAUGCUUCUUGCAAAUUCUCCAGGAAGUAAGAGACUUGUGA